AUGUAUCUGGAACGACUACAAAAAUUUAAGUUAAAAUAUAAUCAUGAAGAAAUUAAUUUGUUACGAUCUAAAUUACCAUCAAUACCUUGGAUAGCAAAUAAUUCAAGUGAUCGAGCACGUAUUCUUCAACAAAAAGUGUUGAUACAAUGGCAACUAAUUGGAAGCAUACCUCGACAACAAAGUGGAAGUAUACGUCGGCAGCUAAGUGACAGUAUGCAACGACUUCGUUUUGAUUGUGAACAAACUUGGAAACUUUUUCAACAAGAUAUUAACGAUACUUUCAUUGAAAGUAAUGAUGCAGCUUGCUUUUUGAAUAAUUUAGGCUAUAUUAGUCGGCUGUUGAAUGACACUGAGUGUGCUAUUGAACUACUUAAAAAAGCAAUGAAAAUCCGUGAUCGAUUUCAAACAUCUGAACAUUUUCGUGCUCAAAGUUUACGAAAUUUAGGACUUGCUUAUACUGAUCAAGGUGAUUAUGAUAAUGCAUUAGCUGUUCUUAGUCAGGCGCUUAUUCUUGGCCAACAAAGUCGACCUACAGCACAAUGGGGUACAUCGAUGACUCUUCGAAAUUUUAGUUAUUUCUACCAUAUGCGACGUGAUUAUUUAAAAUCCAUUGAAUGUUUACUCAAAAGUUUAGAAACGUUUCGAGAAUGCCUCUGUUGUGAUUGUGGUCCUGUUGAUUGCUGUGUAUGUUGUAUUCCACUUGAUUUUUGUUGUCCUAGUGGUAGUAGCGAAAAGGUAAUUACAACUCAACCACGUUAA